CAUACGUCAAAAUAUAACCUAAUAAUUUUUUCACGUGCAUAGUCCGUAUUUGGAAGUUGGGUUCCAAUUUUUAUGAUUUUAGUUCUUAAUCUGAAGAAUGUCGUUCUUUAUUAAAGGCAAGCAAGUGAAUGGCGUGAAACGUACUAAGUACGCUACCGACAAAAAUAAUAAAAAACGUAAGCUUAACACAAAAGCCAAGAAUUCCAAGAAAAAUGAAGAAAUUACCAGUAGUGAAGAUGAAGGUUUGGAUGCUGACAAAACAGCCGACACUUAUUCAUCCGAAGACGAAAACGAAACUGCACAAGAAAAGAAAGUACGACUAGCGAAGCUUUAUUUGGAAGAAAUUGAAAGAGAGGAACGGAAUAGACUUGAAGACAAAUACGUGGAUGAUACUGUUAUCUCGAGGAGACUUAAAGAAGAUUAUUUGAAAGAAACAGGGCGACUUAGGCUGACGGUUGCAGAGAAAUACAAAAGUGUAGAUGAAGAACAGAUUAAAAUAUUGAAAUCACGAGAGCAAAGAAACACCAUAACUUGUUUGUGCCUUUCUUCAGAUGAUAAAUAUGUGUUUGCUGGAAGUAAAGACGGAGCAGUUGUCAAAUACUCUUUAACAAGUUAUAAAAAAGAAGGCAUUAUACCAUUUGUUAAAAAUCUUACUUCAGAAAAACCCCUUGGACAUAGUAGUCAGAUUUUAAGUAUAGCCAUUUCAUCGGACAACAAAUUUUUAGCUGUAGGUACGAAAUCUAAGGAAGUGUUUGUGUGGGAUCCAAAUUCUCUCAAAUUCAUAGAGAAAUUAUUGGGUCAUAAGAGUGCUAUAACAGGACUUUGCUUCAAAAAAGACUCCAAUACAUUGUAUUCCAGCUCUGAGGAUCGUACUCUGUAUAUCUGGAAUCUAGAUGAGAUGACAUAUAUAGACACUUUGCUUGGACAUGAAUAUAUCAUUACUUCCAUUGAUACUCUCUAUAAGGAUAGACUGGUUUCUAGUGGGGGACGAGACCUUCGAAUGUGGAAGAUUCCCGAAGAGACGCAGUUGAUAUUCAACGGCCAUUUGGGAAACAUAGACAACGUCAGGCUUGUAAAUGAAGAAAAUUUUGUUUCGAGUAGCGAUGAUGGACAACUGUGCGUAUGGAGUAUGCUAAGGAAAAAACCUUUAUGUGUAGUGGAAAAUGCUCAUGGCAUAGACCUCAGUAAUCAUCAGCCAUACUGGGUAAGUGCUCUAGGAGCACUUGUCAACACAGACUUGUUGGCUUCAGGGUCCCAAGAUGGCUCUGUAAAGUUGUGGAAACUGGAAAACAAUUUUAAAACGUGUAAAUUGAUAAUGGAAAUACCAGUGGAAGGAUUUGUUAACUGUUUGAGUUUUUCGUCUGAUGGUAGUUUUCUAAUAAUCGCUGCUGGUAGGGAGCACAAGUUAGGGAGGUGGACAACAGUAAAAUCAGCAAAGAAUCGAAUUAUAGUAGUACCUUUUUUAAAAGCUUGAAUUGUUUUCACACUGUACAUUGUGAAUAUUUUUGUAAAUUAUAUGAUUUUUUUUGA